AUGAUCAGAGGGGACGACAACUACGUACCCGUGGCGCAGUUCCCAAAGCGGGAGCCGAAGAACAAGCCCGCGCAGACGAGCUACAAGGGUCUUACAGGCUCUAAUUCAAGCAACGCUGCUUAUUACGGCUCUAGUAGCAUCGGGCGAGCAUCCCAUCAUGGCCUGUCCAGUCGGAGUCAAGUACAGAAAGAUGCAAGAGGCCAAUCUAUCCAAGUAGAUUCUUCCAGACUCAAAAAGAGUGAAACCAAAAAGGAUGAGCGUCGAAAAUCACUUCACAAAGAUCGGAAGAGAAAUCUCUCCUACGAAGAUAACCAAGACAGUCGCCGCGCGCAAAGUCGAAAAAAAUCGGAGGAUGAAGCGUCGAAUGUGUCAUCCUCACGUUCCUACUCGAAGCCGCCCAAAAAGCUGCCCCCAAUUGUCGACGUAAAAACAUUGGAGCAGAGUGAGAUCCCCGAGAGACUCAAAAUGGGUCGUUGUAGACCAGUUACAGAAUUCGAAAAGCUAAAUCGAAUCGGAGAAGGAACUUACGGCAUUGUGUACAGAGCGAGAGACACGGCUGACGACGAAAUCGUGGCGCUGAAGAAAGUCAGAAUGGAGAAAGAACGGGACGGAAUUCCAGUCAGCUCGAUUAGAGAAAUCUCCCUUCUUUUCUCGCUCAAGCACGAAAACAUUGUCGAUCUAAGGGCAGUCGCCGUUGGACAACAACUGGAGAGUCUAUUCCUCGUCAUGGGAUACUGUCAAUACGAUUUGGGAUCGCUACUCGACCACAUGUCCAAGCCGUUUUUAGAAGAUCAAGUAAAGUGCCUGAUGGUUCAAGUUUUGAGGGGGCUAGAAUUCAUGCAUUCGAAGUUCAUCGCUCAUCGGGAUAUUAAAGUCUCAAAUCUUCUUCUGACAGACGACGGAGUGCUGAAAAUAGCAGAUUUUGGACUGGCAAGAUCGUUUGGUACUCCUCGGAAACCAUCGACGCCAAAAGUCGUUACUUUGUGGUAUAGAGCGCCCGAAGUGUUAUUCGGCGAUAGCAUUCACACCACGGCUAUGGAUCUUUGGUCGGCCGGGUGCGUUCUGUCAGAGCUUCUUCUUCACGACCCCCUUUUUCCCGCCCGAAACGAGAUUGAGCUUAUAGACAAGAUAAUAGAUACGAUUGGAAGCCCUAAUGAAACUAUUUGGCCUGGUUAUGGCGAUCUUCCGCUUGUAAAAGGUCGAUCGCUGAAAGUCCAGCCAUACAAUAAUUUGAAGUCGAAAUUUCCUUGGUGGAAUUCCGAAGCUGGAUUUAGACUACUCAACAACAUGCUCGCCUAUUGCCCUUCAAAGAGGAUUACAGCAGCAGCGGCACUCAAACAUCAGUACUUCAGAGAGAAUCCACUGCCUUGUACGUGUGCAGAAAUGCCGAGCUUUCCAAACUACAAAAGACAGAACCAGAAUGACCAGUACGAUCACGUUAAGCUGACAUCAUUUACUACUGUUAACUAA